CAAUGCACAGCCAGACAACACAAGCACGGGCUGAGAAUGUAUUGAACCGUUCAUGAUUCAUAGAGGAUCUGACGUUCCCUUUCAGAUUUGUGUCACAUACAAAACUCGUAUGUCAAUGGCUUUGUGUUCGUGAAUGCCUUUUCACGUCCCGAUUCGGAUCAUUUUCGAUUCAUAUUAUGCGGAUCGUGCAGGAAUGCGUUGCAGUCGUCCACAUCGAGACGGUGUCAUGACCAGUGGAGCGCAGCGCUCCCACGAGUGACAGUUUGCCUUUGUUUUAUUGACUUCCGUGAUAAUCCAGGUGUUAACGAGGAUAUACAGUUGGGAAUACGACCGGUACAAAACAUGGGCCAGUCAUCAUCAAAAAAGGGGAAUAAGAAGAGGACAGAGAGACGGAUCCUGAGAGUCCCCUCAAACAGCAGCUCGUUUGGACGUGGCUACAGAUUCAUAAGUGACGAAGCGAUACUCACUGUUCCCCCAACGAAUGGCGAAGUGGUCAAUAAGUUUCAUUCCAUGCCAAGAGUCAGAACUCGGAGUAGGAGUCGUAGUCCCGGCCGGAGGAGUAGAGGGUCUGAAGAAAGCUCUAGGGGAAUAAUGGUCUUCAGUGCCUCCGACACUGGGGCACCUGUUAACGUCGGCGUUAUGCAGAGGAACCCCGGGAAAGCAGGAACCAGACCGAGUGUCAUGCAUGUGUUUGAAGGAACCUCAAAGGAGGUGUAUGUCCGACAGUCUUCAAAUCAGUAUACUGAAACUCGCACAGAAAGCUCAAGACCACAUAUGGUUCGAUCGUCCAGCAACCAGAAAGUCGUUGCCAUGUCAUCAAAUCAGAAAUCAUCCAUCAGCAAGAUGCAUAACGCGACACACGGAACUGAAAGGCGAUCGCGGGAACGACAGAGGUUGUCCUCCAGCACCUCCAUGGAAACUCGUACGGAACGUCAAACGUCGCCGGUGAAACAAAGCGGCAACAAGGUUGUUGUCACGACAACCAACCACGCACCAAUUAUUGGUACAGGUCAGAGACUUGUGACGACACCCAUGAAGAUCUCCAACCCGCCGACUAAAAACGUGAGGCCAAAGGACGUGACCGUCAGAAGAAGCAGCAACUCGGAAAUACGAACAAACGGUUAUACGUUUGGCCCACAGAAACCUGCCUUGGUACCUCCAGUUUCUCGGAGAAAGGAUUUAAUAAGGAAUGCUGCUGUGUUCGAAGAAACUGAUAGGCAUGCUCUACAGUGUCCGGAGACGUCAUGUUCCAGUCUAAGAUCUCUCGCUACAUAUCUCACACACAAAGCCCCGGAUGAUCUGCACCGUGUGAGGGCCAUCUACCGGUGGAUUACUCACAACAUCACAUACGAUAUCAACUCGAUUCUCUCCGGCACUUACAGGAAUAUGCCUUGUGACCCCCAAACUAUUUUGUUAACAAGGAAGGCGGUGUGUCAUGGAUUUUCAAAUAUUUUCACAGCUCUUUGCAGAGAAGUUGACAUCGUGGCGAGAGUUGUGCCGGGAUUCUCCAAAGACUACUUCUACGACCCGGACACCCCAUUCCAAUCAUUUGAUGACGUAAACCACACCUGGAACAUCGUCUUCGUUCACGGGGAAUGGCGUCAAGUCGACUGCACAUGGGGAUCUGGUUACAUUGAUGACGAGAACCAGUUCUGUCCCAUGUUCAACGACUUCUAUUUCCUGAUGGACCCACAGAAGUUUGUGUGGAGCCAUUACCCGUACCUCCGUGGAGGACUUGAUGUCAGUUGCCAGUACCAGCUGCUGAAUCCCCCUCUGAAUCUGAACCUCUUCAACAAGAAGGUGUCACCAACCCUGUCAGCGUUGCAGUGGGGAUUGGAGCUUCUGACUCACAAAGACUGUGUCAUCCAUGUGGACAGGACUGUGAAGAUCGAGUUCAGAGUCAACAGACUGAUGCUUGUGAAUGUUGUUUGCAAAUUCAAAAACUCCGACACUGGAGAAGAAUGUGACAAGUAUGUUGUUCCUCGUCGAAAGAAAGACGGUUCGUUUGGCAUAACGGUGUACCCUCCUGCAAGAGCUACCUACAGGCUGCAAGUAUACGGAGAAGCGCAUGGAGAGGAGUAUCGUUACUGCGCACUGAUCUCAUAUUCAAUAAAAUGUAUGUCUUUUAUACCAGGGAUGAAGCCAUUUCCCGAAAACAAUGGACUAUGGGGUGUCAAGGCGGUCGCAGAGAACUAUGGUUUUGUCAAUGAUGUUUAUAAAGAUGACUUCUUUGUGACGGACAGUGGUAUUUUAGAAUUCUCGGUGGGCAUGGUUGAAAAUGCUACAACCCUGCUAAAGAUGGAACAUGCCGUUCAGAACAUCCCCGAUCUCAACGAUUUUGUCACAUCAGAGUACUCCUACAGUGGUAUGAGGGUGAGGGCGCGGUUCCCAAAGGUGGGGUACUAUAAGAUAUCCCUGUUUGCAAAGCCACCUGGCACCGACGGAAACAGUGUUGAUUUGAUUGCAGUUUACCUUGUCCAAUGCAAGACUGCUGUAGAAGACUGUCAACCCUUCCCAACUUCUUUCCCAUUCACCCAGGCCUGCAUGGCCACAUUGGUCGAACCUCAGAGCGGGUUCAUUCCAGCAGGGCAGACCAUCGAUUUCCUUGUGGAUUCUGUGAAAAUGAAGCGAAUCCUCGUGGACGGGCGAGGAGCUUCACCGGUGUCUCCGUCCGUGUUUCAAGGCCAAAUUCAGCCUAAACAAGCAGGUGCUGUCGUCAGUUUGUAUGGCAACCUGGAUGGCAGCAUGAAUUAUGAUGAACUUUAUCGAUUCACUGUAGUUGAAACACGAGAGGGUAUUGUUGUAUGAAGUUUCUGCAAGUUCCUUCUGAUUUGGUGAAAGGUUUAUGAAUGACCGCUGCUGGUGUAUUCGGCUGCUUUGUGAAACAAAAUAUGAUACCGGUGGCAUAAUAUUUCAGAGAUACUGGACAGAGGAUGUUUGAGUGAAUGAGGGUUUGAGUCAGGGAGUGCUUUAAUAAGUACUUGGUUUGUAGGUUGGUUAGUUUGGGUGGUUGAGAGAGUGGUUGAGUGGUUGAGUGAGUGAGUGAGUGAGUGAGUGCGUGCGGAAAGACCGAAAUGAUGCGGGCGUAGACAUGUACUAUUUUGUUGAAACCCACGAGUACGGAUAUGGUGCUGACAAACCAAGUGUUAUCAUCAGGGGAAAUAUUUGAUUAAGGCCAACGAUCAGCGAAUCCCCACGCAAAUAACGGAUGCAUCUCUGCAAGGAGAUUUCCAUCGCCUUGGAUCACUGGGCAACCUGCGUCAUAACAAAUAAGAAAUGGUGUUACAGUCAGUCGGUUAAACCAUUUGUACCUAUUGAUCCAAGGGUGAUGCAGUAAUUUAUUUAAUACUUUAGCAUGAAAGAGAUUUCUGAAAUUGAGAAAAGUGAUAUUUCCAUUGCAGUGAACAUAACACUUGAUAUUUCACUACAGUGACGGAACUAUUGUCAUACAAGAGUUACUUCCCCUUUAAUUGUCUCCCUUUGUCGUAAGUGACUAGCCCGAACACAAUUGUUUACGUUCUUUGUACGUUAGUUCCACAUUGACAAGGCAAAAAUAUUUUUUUGUUAAAGUGGAUUUUGUAUAUAAUCAUAUAGAGAUGUAUGAUAUCAAAUUAUCGUGACCCUAAAUAUGUUUUGAUACGUUUGUGUAUAUUUUUAAAGAUUUUUCAAACACGAAACUACUUUUUGAGUCGCAAAUACAAGGUGGUGAACCGUCCCUGUGUGUCGGGUAGGGAGAAUUUACGUUUCAAGGUUUUACAUUUGUAAUGAACUAGUUUAAUUUUCCAGUAGACAGCUGCACAAAAAGUAUAUAUUAAAUAGGAUAUUCCAUGUGUCUCGUGACAUAUCAUGUUUCUCUCAUCUCGUGACGGUGGAACAAGUGAUAUUUUCACUCGCGUGAAAAUAUCUCCUUUCCCCCCGUCACUCAAUAUCUACACUUUCCCUAUUAUGUAUGUAGAUUAAGCUACGUAUAUUAAUUAGUAAGAAAUCUUCCCCGACAAUGAUGACAUUUGCCCAUUAAAUUCAGUAGAGCUUCUGAAAAUUCAAAAUAUUUUCCAAUACUUUCCUAGCGACAUCUAGGACGUAGCUAGAUGUGUUGUAGUAAUCGUUGUAACAGUUCUUGUAGUCAGACUAGUCAACGUGAAGGAAAAGCUAGCAUUUAAGUACGAAUUCCAACAUUCAUGCUUAACGAAAAAAUAUGACCUUUAUAUAAAAUAAGAAAUGCUAACAGGUUGGCCUCAAUGACGUUUUAGUGAGGCUACCAUUAAGUCCAUGUAGGCCUCGACUGUAGCCGACAAUAUUUCAUGAAUUUAUCAGCUGAUGAUGAGCUUGAAGCCCAUUCAGGUUCAUCCGACCAGAUAUCAUCUCAACCAGCAAAUGCGAGUCCAACCCGUCGAUAUCUCAUGUGCUGUGUACUUCCUGCUUUUCGGUCGCCAUAAAAUUGACAACAAUAACCGUCUUUGAGGACCUUCCGCACAGAAAUGCAACACGUGGCGGUAACAUUUUUGGAUACCGGUAGCGCUUUGGGUACAAGAUGGCGCCCAAGUGACAGGCUAGUCGGCAGUGAAGGAUAGCAGUGUUCUGAUUGGUUACAUGGCUUCUGGUCAGAGCUGUGUCUAUGGGUCUUUGCGCCAGUUGUAUUAAUGAUACCUUGGUGAUCUUCUUAUGUUCGGACGGGGCUGUAUAUGAGUGUUAGGCCAGUCGUAUUAAUGAUACUGCUUUGGUGACCUUCAUAUAUACGAAUGGUGCUGCAUAUGAAGACAUUCCAAAACAUUGACCCGGAACAUGAAAAUAAAAUUACUUUUGAA